AUGACGAAAAUACUGACCAUUUCCCUUCAAGAUAACUCCAAUAAUGUCUUUGUUGCGGAUGUAGAAUUAUGGCUGGUGAACUCACUGAAUGGCACGUCAAGUGUUGAUCUACAAUCUCAAACAAAGACUCAAGACCGCUGGUUAGGUUUAACUUUCACUCGUAUUGGCCAGUUUGUUAACUGCUCCAAAAUCCCCUUAUACUUAUUGCUGGACCUGCCCCUUGACGUUUUUUCGUCAUCUAGUUCAACUGAGGAAUACUUCCGUCAACACAUUGUACAGGCUUCAUUAGUUCAUGGGAGUAACGUUGGUGUUCUUUUUCUGCAUCUUGAUACAUAUUUAACCUUUUAUUUCGAUCCUGAAACACUUCAAAUCAAAUGUUUAACUAUUGAUUUUAACAUUUUGAAUCGAAUUGACUCAAAAAAUGGUGGAACUCUUUUACAAGAAAAUAACGUUGUUACUCCGUCAUCAAUGGCAGUAUUUGAUAAAGUACUCUCAAGAAAGAGAAAGCUGCAAAAUCAAUUCAUAAUGCCAUCUAAAACUACCCCUCCUCCAACACAAUUGUCAUCUCAAACAUUAACUACAAACGAACAAAUAACUCUGGCUAUCAGUAAAUUGGUACUAUCAGGUCUUCGGUUAAGAGGAUUAUCUGGAUAUGUCAAUACUUCAGUUUCUGCUUCAAACGAAAAACUUGCAGUUAGAGAAAUCUAUCAUAUGACUCAAAAAUCGGCUCUCUUUGCAGUAAGAAAAUUUGGUUAUGGAUUUAAUAAUCAACAAACUUCAGAAAGGAAGCCAGUACAACUCAAUGACGUGCAAGACAUUGUCGAAAAAUUACUCCUGGUAUAUAUAGACAUGGAUGAUAAGUAA